AUGAUACGGAAGUUAGCACCUACUUGUAUUGCUGCUGCUGAAAUCGAUGGCAUGACCAUCCAUUCACUUUUGGGUGAACAGCGUAACUCAGGAAAGGCGCGUGCGGUUAAACCAGGCGAUUCAAAACUCGAGAAAGAAUGGACUCUUGUUGAAUACCUCUUAAUUGAUGAGAUGAGUAUGAUUGGUUUAACUCUACUUGCGAAACUCAACCGAAUUAUAUAUGCUGCAAAACAUACUGAUCCUCAAGUUCCAUUUGGUGGUGUAAAUGUCAUCUUCUUCGGCGAUUAUUUACAAUAUCGGCCUGUAUAUGAUGUACCCCUACAUACAGAUUUCACUUUACCGGUCAAAAGUAAAUGGAACAAGAUAGCAACUGAAAAACAAAUUCAACAACGUGUUGGACGUUCUUUAAUUCUUCAAAUCAAUUGUGUGGUCAAACUUACUCCACAGAUGAGAACAGAGGAUUCACGUUACCUUCAGCUGCUCGAACGGCUUCGUCAUGGAGAAUGUAACUACGAUGACUACGAAUUAUUGUUAACACGAGUAGUGGGGCAAUCCUCCGUACCCUUGUUAAGUGAUUCACCAUGGAAUAAAGCUCCGAUUCUCGUAUUUCGUAAUGAAGUACGAACAAAAUUGAACAACAAGGCGGCUCCGAUUCUCGUAUUUCGUAAUGAAGUACGAACACAAUUAAACCACAAGGCGGUCAGUCACAAAGCAGAACAAGUGGAACAAACGCCAAUAGUAUGCGUUGCCCAAGACACUUGCAAAAGCAAACCAAUUGAAGAUCGAGCACUUCUUAAAAAACUAUUGGAAUUAUCUGAUAGCAAAACGGAGCAUCUAUCAGGUCUAUUACCUCUCGUUCCUGGAAUGCCUGUCAUUUCAACGCAAAAUAUUGCAAUUGAAUUGGGUCUUAUCAAUGGUGUCAACGGAAUCUUUCGGCAACUUGUCUACCAGGAAGGUUCAGUGUCAACUGAUAUUAUUUCGGAAGAAUUUUCCACGAAUGCACGAUAUGUCCAUCGACCUUUGUAUGCCUUGGUGGAAAUUACAAAGUUAAAGAUCGAAUGCAAUGUAGAACAACUUCAGCCAAAGCUGAUUCCAAUACUGGUAAUGGAGCAAACAUUUCGAGUCGAUAGAGGUGAUAUGCUUCCAAAAGAUAAAAAGCCCAAAUCAAAUAGAAAAGCAGUUUUAUCCAUAAAACGGCGAGCAUUACCACUUGUACCAGCUUAUUGUAUUACAACGCACAAGAGUCAAGGUCAAACCUUGAAUAAAGUUGUAAUUGAUUUAAAACUGCCAAAUGAAACCGAUGGCAUUGCUUCAGUCUAUGUACCACUGUCGCAGCAAGUCACAACUGGCAGAAAUUGA